CGAGGCCUGGUAACUUCCGGCCACAGUAGGGCGCUGCAGGACAGCCAGGAGGCCUGCAGGUGUUGACGCUCUCCCGGGAAACGCGGGCUGUGCCUUCCCCAACCCACACGCAGCAGUCUCGGGAGCCCCACCCAGGCCUGGGUCACCCAGCCAGCCACAUCCCUCCGUCCCCCACCACCCACAAGGGAACCUGGGUCCACAGGGCACGAGCGGCUCAGCCUCCGAGCUGCAGGCCAGUGUACGGUGAGAACUGGACAUGGGCCCGUUGGGGACCCAGGCGUGAUGUCGGCCCAGGAGCUGGUGGCCUGCCUCUGCCGGGAGGGGGAGCAGCACCUGGCGCUGGGGGAGCCGCCCCUGGCCACCGCUUUCUACCUGGCUGCCUUCAGCUGCCACGCCCCCUCGGCUGUGAGGAGUGUGCGCACUGCCUUAGCCCAGGCUCGGGGGGCGGCGGUGCUGGCCACCCUGGAGUCCUGGUGCCGCGGAGACAGCCAGAUCCCCGCCAUCCACUGGGACGGCAUGGCAGUGGUCUCCCUGACAGGGUCGCUGGCCUCCGCCUUCCUGGGCGCCCUUUGCCCGGACCACCCAGCAGCCGUCCUGCACUUGCUGGCCGGUCUCCUGGCCCGCGGGCACCACCAGGAGGUGGUACAGCGCUGCAGUGCCCUGCUGGACUCUCACUCCCAGCAAGUCCUGGAGCUGCGGCUGACACGCGCCCUGGCCUGGGUCCUGUCCAGGGCGCAGGCUGGAGACGGUGUGGCCGCCUACCUCCAGGCCUUCGCCUCCAGCGCCGACAGGACAGUGGCUUUCAUUCGCACCCACCAGCAGCCCUACCUCCCCGUGCUGCUCAGCGCCCUUCAGGACUACCUGUCAGGGCAUCUGGGGGCUGAGCACAGUACCAGCCAGCAGGAGACCAGUGGCCAGCGACUCCUGGCAGCUCUGGACCCCAGGGGCACCCGGAGUGACACCCUGUCCCCUGAAGCUCUGCUCCACAGUGGCAGGUAUGAGGACUGCCUGGCGGCCUGCAGCCAGACCCUGGAGGCCCAACCCACUGGCAGCAGACCCCAAGGUGAGCGCCGGGCCGCCCUGCUGGUCACCCGUGCGGCCUCGGCCUUCUUCUUGGACGGCCGGGCCCAGGACGUGCUUCGUGACCUGCAGGAGGCCUUCCGCGAAAGCCCUUCUGCGGCGCGCAGGCAGUUCCAGGCCGUGUUCUCCGCCCGGGACCAGGAGCACGUCCGGGCUCAAGCGCAGGAGGCCGCAGACUUGGGCUUCGCCCGUUUCCAGGAAGCCGUGCGGAACCAUCCCGAGCUCCGCGAGGACGCGGACCGGGAGCUGCUGGCCCCGGUAAUCCGCGCGCUCCGCGUCCUGCUUCGCCUGGCGCCCGCCGGGGCGCAACCCGCGCUGGGAAUCCGCCUCGCCGAGUGCCUGCUGCUGUCGGGGGACGCGGCGAGCUCCAGGGCACUGUGCGAGCGCCUGCUGCGGCUCCCGCGCCCCGAGGACCCUGCUGGGGACCGUGCGGGGGACUGCGCGCCCCUCCUGGCCCUGCGCGGCUUCUGCGCGCUACACACCGGAGACUCGCGGCGCGCCCUGGAGGACUUCCAGGCGGUGGUGGAGCAAGGCACGCCGCACCUGGGUGGCUGCGUGCGCGCGCUGUGUGGCCGUGGGCUGCUGCGGGUGCUGGCAGGCAGCGCGUUCCUGGGCACACUGGACUAUGUCACCGCCUGCAGGCUGCGGCCCGAGGACACACUGCUGGCCACCAAGGCCUUGGUGCCCUGGAACCAGCGGGGGCUGCUGCUGGCCGUGCUGCGGGAGGAGGCGCGCGGGAUGCUGCAACAAUCGCCGCUCCUCGGGCCGUCCAGAGCGCAGGGUCGCUGCCAGAGGGAAGCUGUGGAGACCCGAGGCCCCGCCGCGCAGGAGGGGGAUGCCCGCGGCGUACACCAGCUGGCCACACUGCUAAUGGAGCUGGACGCAGAGGACGAGGCCUCUCGCCUCCUGGCGGCUGAUGCCCUGUACCGCCUGGGCUGCCUGGAGGAGGCGCACAAGGCCCUGCUGGUGGCCCUUUCCCGGAGGCCCCAGGCAGCCCCCGUGCUGGUGCGGCUGGCCCUGCUGCAGCUGAGAAGGGGCUUCUUCUAUGACGCCAACCAGCUGGUGAAGAAGCUGGUCCAGUCCGGUGACACCGCCUGCCUCCAGCCCACCCUCGAUGUCUUCUGCCUUGAGGACCGGCAGCUGCUUCGAGGCCACUGCCACACCAGGGCCCUGGCCAUCCUGCGGGCACGGCCAGUCGGGGCUGACGGCAGGGCCCACACCAAGGAGGCCAUCGCCUACCUCUCUCUGGCCAUCUUUGCUUCAGGAAGCGAGGCAAGUGAGUCCCUCCUUGCCCGAGCCCGAUGCUAUGGGUUCCUGGGCCAGAAGAAGACAGCCAUGUUCGACUUCAACGCAGUGCUGCGGGCUGAGCCAGGGAACGUGCAGGCACUGUGCGGACGGGCAUUGGUGCACCUGGCCCUGGACCAGCUGCAGGAAGCCCUGGAUGACUUCGUCUCUGCUCUGAAGCUUGGCCCUGAGACAGUGGUCCCCGAGCUCAGCUCUCUGAAGCCAGAAGCCCGGGCCCUCAUCACACAGGGCCUCUACUCCCGCUGCCGGGCUCUGCUGAGCCAGCUGCCGGACCCUGGGGCCCCUCUCGAGGACAAGGACUCCCAAGGCCUCCUUGCUGUGGGGGAGGCACUGAUCAGAAUCGAUGCACAGCAACCCCACUGGCACCUCCUCCUCGCAGACAUUCUCACGGCACGAGGCAGCUACGAGGAGGCUGGCACCCACCUGCAAAACACCCUACACUCUGCCCCAGCAUCAGAGGCAGUCCAGGCCCGACUGGGCCUGCUCCGGCUCAAGAAGGGAGACGUGCCAGGGGCUGCACGGGACCUGCAGGGCCUGGCCGAGGUGGAUGCCCCGGACCUCAGCUGCCUACUGCAUCUCCUGGAGGCCUCAGAGCAGCAGAGCCUUGCCCAGGCCGCAGCCCAGGAAGCCAGCACCCUCCUGGACACAGGGCAACCCGGGCGGGCACUGGGCUACUGCUCACUGUCUGUCCUGGCCGGUGGCGGCAGUGCAUCUCACCUGCGUCUGCGGGCCACCUGCCUGGCCGAGCUUCGGGAGUUUGGCCGGGCCCUCAGGGACCUGGACUGUGUGCUACAGGAGGCUGCAGGGGAUGGUGACCUCCCAAGGCGGGCAGAGGACUUCUGCUGCCAGGGCCGCCUGCUGCUCAGCCUGGGGGAUGAGGCAGGGGCUACAGGGGCCUUUGCCCAGGCCCUGAAAUUGGCGCCCACCUUGGCCCAGAACAGCCUAUGUGAGCAGCCAGGCCGGGACCCCACUGCACACAUGUUCCUCCUCCUCGGCCGGUGCUGCCUGGAGGAGCAGCGUCACGCGGAGGCCUGGACAGCAGCCGAGAGCGGCCUCCUGGUGGACCCCAACCACCGUGGCCUGAAGAGGCUGAAGGCCAGAAUCCGGAGGGAGGCAUCCUCAGGCUGUUGGCUCCAGUGACGGGGCUCGACCCUCUCCCAGACCUGAUCACGGGGCCACCCUAGCACUUGCAACCAAUGUCCAGGUCCUGGAGUGCACCCAGCUCCCCAAAUUGGAGAGGUACCCACCCUGCCUCCCCACAACCCCUUCCUGGCCCUCUCCCAUUCCCGUUCCCAGCCCUCCCCACUGCAGGGUCCAGCCCCACAGGGUCUCGUGGGUAUUCUUUUGUGUGCGGAGAUGACAGAUCAUAGAAAAGAAAGACACAAGACACAGAGAUAAUAAUUGGGCUGGGCCGGGGUCCACUGCUACCAAGGCACAGAGUCCAGCAGAGGCCCCAAUGCCUGGACACGCUGAUAUUUAUUGUAUACAAGGCAGGGGGGCAGUGCUGGAGAGUGACUCAUCCUACAUGAUUGGUAGAGGCCAAGCAAAUCACAUACUGAUAAUAUGUGGGGGGACGUGGGUCCAGUACAAGGGGCCCCUCCCUCUCAGGCAGCUGCUGCAAGGAGGGGAGGCACAUACGUCAGUAUCUUUCUAUGCACUUAUCAGAGAGAUCAAAGGCUUUUAGGAUUCCUGUAUUCUUCUAAGAAUUUACAAGGGAGCAUCGGGUGGGAAAGUGGACGAGGAUGGUGACCAUCGGAGCUCAGCACCACGGAGAGGUGUUUAAGCCCCUGGAUGUCUGUGGGUCGGCCUGGCUAGUGUCAGACCUUCCUCGAGAGCCGGAUGGAGCAGUGUUCUCUGAACUCCCCAGUGAAAGGAAAAUCCCCCUCAUGGCCUGCAAAGCAACAGGUGCCUCCCCAGGCUCUGGCGUUACUGCAAAGCUUGCCUGCUAGGUAACAGGCGUCUUAACCUGGCGCUACUGCAAGGCGUUUACUCUCACCUCCUGAUCACCUCUCACAACGUCCCUUCAGGUCCGAAUUACAUUUCACCCGGUUAUUUCUAUACUAUAAGGCUAAAAAUGUUCCUUCACUGUAGUACUAAAGCGAAGCUUAAUAACCUUUGUAAUGUAAUAAGACUGAGCAUAUAAUUCAUUAUGUGAUUGCACCUAAGUCUAAUUGGUGUCCUUGCUAUAAGUAAUCAUUUAUUAUGCUAUAACUAAGUAAUCAGUAAACCUAUUUGGUAUAAUUGCUAUAUAUAAGUAAUCAUUUGUUACACUGGCACAGAUUGUGCCUUCAGUCUCUUGCCAUGGCACCUGGGCAACUUUCUUCCCACACCCCGCUUCCAGGCCCUCCCCACACCCCACUUCCCCACACCCCACUUCCCCACAUCCCACUUCCCAGCCCCCAGCCCCAGCAUGAGUCAGGGCUGGGCAGCCAGCCUCACACCUUGUUGCCUUGGGAAGGAGGGGCAGCUUCUUACUUGCAUUAAGGGAGCAUCCUGGAAGUUUCACAGUCCUACCACUAGCAACCCUGCCCCUGAAGUUGGGCGCCCGCACCUGGGGCUCAGACCUUGAAGAAGCAGGCCCAGGUCUUGUCCAUGGCCUGGGGUCCUACAGGUUGGACAGGAUCGAUGCCAGACCCCUGGGGCUCUUGGGGAAGUGGUACCAGCCCCAGAAGUCCUUCCUUGGGUGUGAAGCUACCUUUUGCUCAGACCCCAGCCUGAGUCUUGUGCCAGCCUCCAGUGGAGCCUGGGCUCUCCCCAUUGACAGAGCUGCCAAAUGGGCCCAACCAGCCCAUAUCCCAAGCUGACUAUUCAGGGUGCUUUCAUGGGGGUGCCCUCCCCCCCCCACCUUCCCUGCUCCUCCCAGCCUCCUCACCUGGGACGUCCUGUCCUGUCUGUCCAUGCAAGGCAGGGCAGAUGCCAGCCCCGCUGAGGCUCCUCCACGGCCUCGGGACCUCUAUUUCUCCCUCCCCAGGGGCUGCCCCCUCUGCCACUGGCUCACCUGGAGGGUCUCUCUCAUCAGCCUUUGCCUGGCCUGGCUUCUUGCUGUGCUCUGAGUGUCUGCGUCCCCCCAAACCUCAUGUGCUGAAGGUGAUGGUAUCAGAAGCAGUGCCUUUGGGAAGGUGAUCUGGGUGGAACCUCAUGAGUGGAAUUCGUGUCCUUAUAAGAGACUGCAGAGUGCUCCUGAGCCCCUCCACCAUGUGGAGACACGGCGAGAAGCCGUCUGUGAGCCAGGAGGGACCCUCACCAAAGAGCAAGCUGUGCCUUCGUCUUGGGCUUCCAGCCUCCAGAACUGAGAGAAAUAAACGUCUGUUGAUGAA